AUGCUGCAGGGCCGACAGGGGCGCUGUGCCUUCUCCCUGCACUGCAAGACAGAUCCGGUGCCCAUCUCUGGGCCGUCCUGGGCCACACUGCUCACGGGCCAGCGCUCGGAGAAGCACGGCAUCACCAGCAACGACCUGGAUUCACUGCUGACCAUCGACUCUGAAGGAAGGGUGCUUGUGCAGCCCUCCGAGUGCCUCUGCAGCCCGGUUCAGUCGGGCUGCUUCCUGGGCGCCUUCAGCCAGGCGAAGCGCCGGCGGCGGGAGGCAGCUUUGCUGCCUCCGACUUUGUUCCACUUCCUGGCGGAGCGAAAUCUGAAAGCGGAGCUGCUGAACGUGGGCUGGCCCGGGGUUCCGCAGCUCUGCGGUGGGCGGGAGCUGGCCAAGCACCUGCAGGUUCGGCAGUUUGCAGACGAGGCGCAGGAGCUGGACAAGGCCGUGGCUGAGAUGCUGCAGCUGCUGGAGAAAGGCCGAGAGGCUCCAGCCGUGCUUGCCCUGUACACCCACUGUGUGGACAUGGCGGGCCACUUGCAUGGCUUCUCACUAGACGUACCUGAGUACAUGCAGGCGAUCGAGCACUUCGACACUUCCCUAGGGCGGCUGCUGGAUGGUUUGGGCCAGCGGGAGGGCGAGGAUUGGCUGGUGGCCAUCACCACAGACCACGGCGGAGGUGCAGCCAAGGAUAUGUCCAAAGACAUGUGGUCCCAGUUUGUGGAGGACUGCAAAUGCCUGCACAAGGGCCUCUCUCAGGCAGGUUGCCAAGGAGUACAUGGGCUGCAGGAGCUGGCCAUUCACUCCACUCGGUUUGUCAUCCUCACCGGGUCCAAUGUCAGGCCUGGGGAGAUGACGCCUCCCCCAGAGUCUGUGGACCUGGUGCCGACUUUGCUGCGGCACCUCGCGGUGCCUUGCGGAGAGCUGCCGGGGAAAAGCCGUGGCCUGCGGAAGGAUACGUCCCAGGAUCACUCCCCCCUGCUGCCCGCAGAGCUGCAGCGCAUCAGGCGAGCGGGUGGCACGGUGAACAGGGAAGGGCGAGUGGAUGGGAAUCUCAACCUGUCAAGAGCCAUUGGCGAUCUCUUUUACAAGAGGAACCGGGCGCUGGGUCCUGAAGCGCAGCUCAUCACCGCGGUGCCCGAGGUCCGGCGCAGAGCGCUGGGCGCUCACGACCGGUAUCUGCUCCUGGGCUGCGACGGGGUCUGGGAGCGCUUCACCAACCAGCAGGUCGUAGACUUCUUGCUUCCGAGGCCUCCGGAUCCGGGACGGAGUGCUUGGGACUGUGCCGAAGAGCUUCCGUCGCAUCCAGUCUUGGGCUCCGACCCCAGGCUGCCAGCCGGGCGCCUGUCUGUGGCCUGCAGCGCCUUCCUGGACCGCGCGCCUCCCAGCGAGAGCCGCGUACAUUUGUGCAGCGAUCCCAAACCGCUCUUGGCCCCUAUCUUGGUUUAG